CGGACUCAUAACAAGGUGAAACAACCCAUUUGAUAUGUGUGAACCAUGGCGCGAACAAGCAAGUCUGCGCUGGUGCUCUGCAUGGAUGUCGGGUUCUCUAUGAGCAACGCAGCUCCGGGUCAAGAGUCAUCCUUCGAGCAGGCCAAGAAAGUCAUCCAGAAAUUUGUGCAGCGACAGGUGUUUGCAGAAACUAAGGAUGAGCUGGGCCUGGUGCUGUUUGGCACUGACGCCACUAAGAACCCCCUGGCAGCGGACGGACAGUACCAGCACAUCAGCAUCCACAGGCACCUGGUCAUCCCAGACUUCGAACUGCUGGAGGAGAUACAGAAUGACAUCCACCCAGGCUCGCAACAGGCUGACUGGCUGGAUGCACUGGUGGUGUGCAUGGAUCUCCUGCAGAAGGAAACUCUGGGUAAGAAGUGUGACCGCUUGAACAUCGCCCUGCUGACGGACCUGACCUCACAGGUGUGUGGCGACCAGCUGGACGUCAUCAUCAGCAACCUCAAGAGGGCCGGAAUCACCCUGCAGUUCUUCCUGCCUUUCUCUGCGGAUGGGUCUGAGUCAGAAGCAGGAGAGGGGGGUUCGGGAGCAGACUGGGACGGAGGCGGCGGGGAGGGGGGUGCCCGCAGGAGGCCGCCCCACGGGAAGGGGCCCUCGCGGGAGCAGCUGAAGGGGCUGGAGAUGGUGCGGCAGAUCAUGACCUCCCUGGACGAGGAGGACGGCAUGGAGGAGGUGCACUCCUUCAGUUACGCCCUAGAGAAGCUGUCCAUCUUCAAGCGUCUGGACCGGAGGCCGAUGGCCUGGCCCUGCACUCUCACUAUAGGCAGCUCCCUCUCCAUACGCAUCGUGGGCUACAAAGCAGUAACGGAGGAGAAGGUGAAGAAGAGUUGGUCCGUGGUGGACGCCCAGUCGGCACGCAAAGACGACGUCAAGAGAGAGACCGUCUACUGCCUCCAUGACGACAACGAGACGGAGGUGCAGAAGGAGGACACCAUACAAGGCUACCGUUACGGGAGUGACAUUGUUCCCUUCUCCAAGGUGGAUCAGGAGCAGAUGAAGUACAAGUCAGACGGGAAGUGCUUCUCUGUCCUGGGCUUCACAAAGCAGAGCAUGAUUAAUCGGCAUCAUUUCAUGGGCAGCCAGGCUAUCAAGGUCUUCGCCCCCAAGGAUGAUGAGCCUGCGUUCAUUGCCUUGUCAGCCCUGAUCCGGGCUCUGGACAGCAUGGAGAUGGUGGCCAUCGUCAGGUACGCUUACGAUCGCCGCAGUAACCCUCAGGUGGGCGCCGCCUUCCCCUGCGUCAAGGAGACCUACGAGUGUCUGAUAUAUGUCCAGCUCCCCUAUAUGGAGGACCUCAGGCAGUUCUCCUUCGCCUCUCUGGAAAACAACAAGAAGUUUGCUCCCACGGAGGAGCAGCUGAGUGUGGUGGACUCCCUGAUCGACUCCAUGAUGCUGGUGGAGGAGAAUGAGGAGGGGGAGCAGGAGGACACCUUCAAGGUCAACCACAUCCCCAACCCCCAGUUCCAGAGGCUCUUCCAGUGUCUGCAUGCCAAGGGCCUGAACCCCGGUGCCCCCCUGCCCCCUGUGGAGCCCUGGCUGCAGCGUGUUCUGGAGAGGCCCCGGGCGGUGGAGGCGCGCUGCCGGGCUCCCCUGGAGGAGGCCAAGAGGAAGUUCCCCCUGAAGGAGGUGGUGCGCAAGAAGGAGCAGAAGACCAGCACCGACGUCUUUGGCAGCAGUAAAGAGGAACCAGAUGCGAAGAAGGCCAAAGUGGACGAGGAUGAGGAAUACAACUUGGCCGACGUAUCCGCAGGCACUGUCACUUCUGUGGGGAGCGUUGACCCGGUCAAAGACUUCCGAGCGCUCAUUCGGCAGAAGACCCUCUCCUUCGGCGAGGUGUGUCAGCAGUUGACCCUGAGGAUAGAGCAGUUGCUGGGCAACAAGAGCAUCCCCUACUUCAUAAAGGCCAUCACCUGCAUCCAGGCCUUCAGAGAGCAGUCCGUUAAGGCGGCGAACGCUGAGCUCUUCAACAGCUACAUGCAGUCGCUGAAGAGGAGUAUUCCAGACAGGGGCCUCCAGGAAUUCUGGGAUCUGGUCUCCUCAGAUGGGCUGUCUCUGAUCAGUAGAGAGGAGGUGGAGAGCAGUACGGUGUCCCAACAGGAGGCCAGCAAGUUCCUGUACAUGGAGGAGAAGAUGGAGGAGGUUGAAGCUCCACCAGCGGAGGACACAGGAGAUGUGGACGAUCUGCUGGACAUGAUGUGAGGACACAGACAUUGGCGUGACGACCAAAAACUCCAUUUUGUCUACUCUACACAACAACAGGAUUGGAUUCUCCGUCCAGAGAUUCUAGAACGCUACGAUCGGCCAAACUCUAGAAUUCUAAAUUCCAGAGCACUACACUCUAGUUGUAGAAUCUUUGCUCAGCACUUCCAGCCGUGCCUUCAUGAAGGAAUGAAUUGCACAUCCAAUACUGUACUUUUGAUGCAAGUUUCAAGUUGCUGGUGUAUGUUAAAAGGGGCCAAGUGUGGACAGUUACUGUUUGAUUUACAUCUGGAUUUUCUCAUAACUGUAGAACUGACAAGAUUUCUCGUGAUCUUUUUAUGUGGGUUUGUCAGAUCAUAAUUAUGUGGAGACAGUGCUAGCUGUUAAUAAAAACCAACUGAUGACACUGA